UUCAAGAGGAGGAAGUCAUGCCCAAACUCGUAUCGGUCGCACUGGCCCUCGGCCUGCUGGCCGGAACCGCUGCCGCCCAGGCGGAUGAAACCGUCAGGUUCUGGUAUCAUUUCGACAACGCCGACAAUCCGAUGUCCGAACUUGUCGCCAAAUUCGAAGCAGAAAAUCCGGGCAUCAAGAUUGAAGCCGAGAACAUUCCCUGGAACAGUUAUUACGACAAUCUCUACACGUCGAUCGUGGCAGGCAAUGCACCCGAUGCGGCAAUGGUGAAGAUGUUUGCCCAACCCCGCCUUGUUGAAAUGGGCGCGCUGGAGCCGAUCGGCGACAGGAUCGAUGCCUGGGAAGGGAAAGCCGACUUGCAGGACAAUCUCCUGAACCUUGCACAGGCUUCUGAUGGCAACUCCUAUUACCUGCCGGUUCAGUACGUGGUUCUAUACCUGUACUACCGUCAGGACAUGUUCGAGGAACUGGGCCUGGAAGUUCCCAAGACAUGUGACGACUUCCGUGAUGCGGCAAUCAAGUUGACACGCGAUACUGACGGCGAUGGUCAAACCGACGUUUACGGCUUUGGUUUCCGGGGAGGCAAAGGUGGCCACGAUCACUGGGGAAGCCUGGUUCUUUCCCGCAGCGGUGUCGACUUUUCCAAGGACAGCCUCGGGAGCGAGGCCGGUGUCGCAGGUUCCCAGUGGGUGGUUGAUCUGUUCCAGAAAGACAAGGUUUUCCCGCCAUCGGCGCCCAAUGACGGCUUCAAGGAAGUCACAGGCGCUUUCAAGGCCGGCAAGACGGCAAUGACCAUUCACCAUAUCGGAUCUUCCAAUGGCAUGGUCGAAGCUCUCGGCGACGCCGUUUCCGCUGCGCCGGUUCCCGAGUGCGGUGGUGGCCACUGGACGGCGUUUGGCGAUGAAUCGACCGCCAUAUUCUCGUCGGCGCAAAACAAGGACGCUGCCUGGAAAUGGAUCUCGUUUCUGUCAAGCGAAGGCAACAACAAGGAAUUCAACAUGGCGACCGGACAGCUUCCCGUUACCAAAUCGGAUUCCGAAAACUGGACCUUGCAUGAAAAGCGUUUUGUCGAUGCAACCGUCGGCUCCCUGCCAUUCGCAAAUCUCUUGCCGAACACGCCUGAAACAUCCGAUUUCGUAAACACGGUCUGGCCGGUGAACAUGCAACGUGCCCUGACGGGAGAAAUUACCGCGGAGCAGAUGAACGCCGAAAUCAACAAACUUUAUAAUCCGUGA